GUUCGCGCUCCGCCCCCUCAGUAGGUGUGUCCCUCCCGCUCGCCGUAGUUCCGGUUGCUAGGCUCGGGGCGUCCCAUAGUAACCGCUGUGUGUGUGAGACCCGAGUCCCCGGUGUACCGGGCCCGGCCGUGUCCAUGGCCUCCGCUGCCAGCGUCUUCCUUCUCAAUGUCACCGGGCAGAUCGAGAGCGCCAAGUUUCCCGAAUUUGAUGAACUUUACUGCAAGUACUGCUUUGUGUACGGACAUGAUUGGGCGCCCACCUCUGGGGUGGAAGAAGGAAUAUCUCAAAUUGCUUCUAAAAACAGACAUAUAAAGGAGGAGAUUGUGUGGAACUUUCCUAUUGAAAUAACCUUCAAAAGUACCAAUCCUUUCGGAUGGCCACAAAUUGUGGUCAGCGUCUAUGGGCCAGACGUCUUUGGGAACGACAUUGUCCGAGGUUAUGGAGCCGUCCAUCUUCCCUUUACUCCAGGAAGACAUAAGAAGACUAUCCCCGUGUUUGUUCCGGAGUCAUCCUCCAAGCUUCAGAAGUUCACAAGCUGGUUCACAGGACGGCGGGCAGAAUUCACCGACCCAAAAGUGGUGGCUCAGGGUGACGGCAGAGAAGUUACCAGAGUGCGGUCACAAGGUUUCCUGACAUUGUCCUUCAACGUGGUGACAAAGGACCUGAAGAAACUCGGCUACGCCAACACCUCCAGUGAUCCUUCAAACCCAGCGAUGACAACCCACCCGUAACAAUCUACUCUGCCCUUAUAACAAAGCACGAUACUGUAUUAAAAAGAAUCACUGAAUCAUUAUUGAUUUAUUUUUUGCUCGGAGAGAGGCCCUGAUGUGAGAUGCUUGAUGAUACACCCAUAUAAACUGUGUUUCUGUUCCCAUCAACUUCACUACACAGCAGGGAAGCCUCCCAUUGCCUUAUUGCAGCCAAGCUGUUUUUUCCCCAAACAUACUCCGCUGAUAUGAUGAUGAGAAGAGUCGCCAUACCCUGGAGAGUUAAAGUCUUUACUUCUUGGCAGCCAAAGGAUUGGGAACACCUUAAAAAUUGGUCAUUCUGGAGCAGAGGCUUCUUCCACCAAUCACAGUUCAGUGUUGACAGCCAUUUUCUGCUUUGAACUGAGAUAUUAGAGCUACGUCGGCCUUGAUUAUGUCACUAUCCUUUGAAGAAUUGAAAGGCUUUGCUGAGCCUACAAGAUUGCCUCUGGACUUGGUACACUUUGAAGAAAACUUCUACUUUUUAUGAUUUUAUAAUUCUUUCUACACUUCCCAAAAUAAGAUUUUGUUAUUUUCAAAAUAUCCUGUUUUUUAUUUCUGCGGUAUGUCACAGACCACUCUGCAUUGUCCCACAAUGGCAAUUCUUUGGCAACUGUAAUAAAAAGGUAAACAUGGGAGGGGGGAGGGUGGAUGCAGGAUUAUAAUUGGGUAAGAAGUCACCUUAAAGGGA